AUGAGACCUCAGCCUAUUUGCCGGUCAUUGAGCCUGCUACAGCGAUCAUCGCUUUGCAAUGCUGGUCGACGUGCAAUUCAAACCGCCAGUCCAGCCCGGAUCCCCAAUUUCGCUUUUGCCUUUGAUAUUGACGGUGUCCUUUUGCGCGCUUCCCAACCUAUUCCCGGUGCUGCCGACUCAUUAGCUCUCCUGAAAAAGCAAGGCAUUCCCUUCAUCCUCCUGACCAAUGGCGGCGGUAAACACGAAACUGAGCGAGUGGCUGAGAUUAGCGAGAAACUGAACGUGUCACUGGACGCAUCCGACAUUGUUCAAAGCCACUCUCCUUUUGCCGAAUUAGUCAAAGGGACAGAUGGGACAAGUGCGCUGGAAAACAAAUGUGUAUUGGUCGCUGGAGGUGACGGGGAUAACUGUCGGCGCGUUGCGGAACAGUAUGGAUUCAAGAAUGUCGUGACACCUGGGGAUAUCUUCAUGGCCAAUCCAUCCAUUUGGCCCUUCUCCAAGAAUUUCUCGGACUAUUACAAGACAUUCGCCAGACCUCUUCCGAAAUCAAUCGACCCUACAAAUCCAAAACAAGGGUUGAAAAUCGAUGCAGUCUUUGUAUUCAAUGAUCCUCGGGACUGGGGUUUGGAUACACAGGUUAUCAUGGAUAUUCUGCUCUCACGCCAGGGGCAUGUAGGUACCCUGUCGGAGAAGAAUGGCCAGAUCGACCUCCCCAAUCACGGAUACCAACAAGACGGCCAGCCUCAUCUGUACUUCUCCAACCCGGACCUUUAUUGGGCAGCCGCUUAUCCCUUGCCCCGUCUUGGUCAAGGUGGGUUUCGUGAGGCAUUGGAGGGUGUUUGGGCUGCGACCACAGGUGGACCGAGCAAAGGCAUUGAAUUAAAGAAGACUGUCAUUGGAAAGCCUUACCAAGGAACUUAUGAGUUUGCUGAGCGACAGCUACUUCGGAACCGAUCCAAAAUCUUUGGAGAUGCGGCUGAUAUUCCACCGCUCCAGCACGUGUAUAUGGUUGGCGAUAACCCAGAAUCGGAUAUUCGGGGUGCAAACUCCUACCGCAGCGGAUAUGGAAGCAAGUGGCAAUCUAUCUUGGUUCGUACCGGUGUUUAUCCUGGUGGGAAGCCUGCAUGGGCUCCCACCAUCAUCGCAGAUGAUGUUCAGAAGGGUGUACAGUGGGCUCUGAAGACCUCCAAGUGGUCUUCCUGA